CAAGUGAACCGGAUAUUAUUGGAGUCUCAAAGAUGGCGCUCCCUCUGUCACGGUGAAACCUUAUAAAAUAGUGUGUAGGAAAAGGGUAGUUGGUUUGAAAUUAUCUAAGGGCACAAAGUGUGUCUAGAUGUUCACGGAUAAACUGAAUUUGACUGUCUAAGCGGAGCAGAGGUCAAACAGAGAUGGCUUUGAGGCAAAUUAAUCGGAGUGUUCGGCUGUUGAUGGGUCAAAUUCAGCGGUGUGGUUCUGGUGUCGCUUCAAAGCACUCAGCUCGGUGUUUGGGUCAGGCUGCAGCUCGGCCCGAGCCCACCCCGAAUGAAAACGAAGCGGUGAACCCGACCUUCGUGAACAGAAAUCCGCGGAACCUGGAGCGGAUGGCGCUGGCUGUGAAGGACCGGGGCUGGAAGACCACCUGGCCUCACCAGCAGUUCUACCACAGGUUGAUGUUUUCUCGCAGCCAACGUCACGUCACAGCAGAAGUGUUCUCCUGCACUUCUCCCGUCCCAGUGCUGACCUGUUCGACCAAAGAGUGGGCCGUGAAGAAGGAGCUGGCUUCCACAAACUGCGUGGCGGCGUGUCAGGCUGUGGGCGAGGUGCUGGCGCAUCGAUGCCAGCAGGCGGGCAUCAUGAGGAUGGUGUACCGGGCCAUUCCCUGGACGUACCGAUCCGAGGGAGUUCAAGCCUUCAGAGCUGCAAUGAAGCAGGGAGGAGUCAUCCUUAGUGAACCCAAAAGGAAAUAUGUUGGGACCUAAAUUUGAGCAUCAUUUGUCACAUAUAUUGGUAUCAUAAAUUUCAUUGUAUGUUAAACAGGUUCUUUUAUUACUGUACAAAUAGUUACAUUAGAGAGACAACAGCAAAAGGCAAUAUUAUGAGAAUUUGAAUAAUAAUGUCUUUUGUCUGAUAAAUAAAUAUACCUGAUCUCUUGUGGUUUAAUAAAGAGACUAGAUGUUUGGAGUGUGAUUUCUUUAUUUGUCACUCUGAAUGUUUCGUAAACGAGAGUGAGGUGGAGAAAGCCAAGAACUUACAACAGACCAGCUUUGGGUGCAACUUAAAGUUACCAAUCACGGUACAGUGCAGGGCUGCCUCAGGCAGUGUGAACAGUGUGGGAUUAUAAAGUGCAUGUAAAUGCUCUAAAUUUGUGCACAUGCAGGUUUAAUGAAUUACGCCUUAGCUUGGUUGUACUCAAUAACACCAGCAUGAAAUAAUAUUCCACAUCAGCAUCUGGUGGAUAAUAAACUGAUAAUAAAAGUUCAUAUAAACACACA